AUGGAAGUUAGUGUUGAUCCUGCAAUGGAGGCCUUGCAAUUGAAGAUUGCAGCACUACAAAAUCAAGUGGAUUUUCUUACAAGGCAAGAUGCAGGAACCAAUAUUAACAGUGUAGCUGCAAUUCAGAGUAACUGCGAGGUAUAUGGGGAGCAUGGUCAUAUGUCGAAUGAAUGCUCUAUAUGGUCUCAGCUUAUCAAUGAGCAAGCUAACUUCGAUAAUGGGGGUAAUGCCAACAAUCAGUCAGGUCCGAGUUUUCAAGGAGGACAGAGGCCACAGCACAAUCAGGGAAACUUCCAGAAUCAAGGGAUCUUUCAAAAUCAAGGGAAUUUCCAGCAUCUAAACAACCGACCGCAGCAUCCACCUGGCUUUCAGCAGAGAGAGCAAGGCGAGUCUCUCCACAGCAAGUUUGAUAAGAUGAUGGAGAUGAUGAUGAAAAAGGAUGCUGAGACGCAGCAGACAUUUAAAAAUCAUGCUGCCACAAUUCAUAAUCUUGAGGUGCAGAAUCAGCAGAUGGCUCAAGCACUGCAAAGCAGGAAUCAAGGGGGUUUACCAUCCACUACUGAGGAAAACCCUAGAGAGUAUCUCAAGGAUAUUAAGUUGAGAAGUGGGAUAUCACUGAAUGAUCCAUAUGCAGAACGUGCUACAAUUGAGGUGGAAAAGGAACCGUGUGAGGGUGGCGAGCCUGAAAAAGUAGUUACAAAACCACCUCCACCACCUUCUUUUGUGCCAAAAGUGCCAUUCCCACAUAGAGUGAAGAAGCCGCAAGACACUUGGAAGUUUCACAAAUUUCUUGAAACUUUCAAAAAGCUAAAGAUAAUCAGUCUGGCAGACGCACUGAGAGAGAUGCCGCACUAUGCAAAGUUUCUCAAGGAGAUCAUCACCAACAAGCGGAGUUGGGAUGCAGAGGGACCAGUACCAAUGACAGAAAACUGCAGCUCAAUCAUAUUGAGCAACCUACCGACCAAGCUCAAGGAUCCAGGGAGUUUCACUAUCCCUUGUACUAUCGGUAACAUGCAAUCUGUUAAUUGCCUUUGCGAUUUAGGUGCUAGUAUUAAUUUGAUGCCUUUAUCCCUUUUACGUAGUAUGCUUGGUGAUCAACAGGUACAGGCUACGCCGAUGAUGCUACAGUUAGCGGAUCACUCUCUGAAGAAGCCACAUGGGAUUGUGGAAGACGUCUUAGUUAAGAUCAACAAAUUCAUAUUCCCUGUGGAUUUUGUUGUCCUUGACUAUGCAGCAGACAAGGAGUGGCCAAUGAUAUUGGGGCGACCAUUCAUGAACACUGGCAGUGCACUUAUUGAUGUUCAUGAUGGCAAGCUGACUCUGAGGAUUGGGGAUGAAAGCGUCGAGUUUGACAUGAGGAAGAUCACACGUCAUCCCAAUUCCGGAGGAGAAUGUAUGCGGGUAGACAUGGGGGAUGAGUUAGUGGAAGAGCAACUAGCAGAGUAA